AUGGAUGCCGCAUUACUUGGUUUGGAUCCUCUGUUCCUUACCAACGUCAAACUGACUAUUCAUGACUUGCUGAAUCUUGAGCAGACAAAUGAAGAUCUGAUUGGUGUUUAUAAACUCUUUGAGCACAAAAUCAAGCUUGCUGACAUAUGUGGCACAAUCGUAGCUGUCGAGAGAAACAAUUAUACAACCAAUUACACAGUGGAUGAUGGUACUGGAACCGUUACAUGUAGUUACUGGAGUGCGACCGAGAAAUUGGAUUACAAACCAUUGUCGCUUGGCACAACUGUGCGUAUUACUGGAAAGAUUUCAACCUAUAAGGAUGAAAGGCAGAUUGUGAUUUACGAUAUAUAUCCAACAUUUGAUCCAAAUCAAGAAUUGCAGCACUUUGUACAAGCCAUCUUGCUUCGAAAGGAAUACGAAAAGCCUUACGAAUUACCUACACAGAUGAAAUCACAUGCUAAAGACUUGGUGGAGCAAAUACAGGUCGAUGAUGAAGAUCAGCUAGUCUAUAGCUCACAAGCGAGAAAAUUGGAUACGCGGGCAUUUGAAGAUGCACUAUUGCGAUUUUACAAAUCACGAUCAACAACAAGAGUUUCCUGGAACGAUGCAAGAGACGAUGCGGAAUUGGAGAAUAUGGCUUUGGAAAUAUUACGAGGCAUUCCUAGAAACAAACCAAUAGUGCCAAAAGACAUCAGUGUCAUGUUUAAUAAAGCAACAGACAAGUGGUUGAAAGCGGGAUACAUCUACAAGACAACCUCAGAUGACAUAUAUAAUGUGGUGGACGAAGAAGAUCUCGCAAAUGUAAUUAUCAGAUCGAUCAAGGAAAUGUCAAAGCAGCUACCUGACCAACUCAGUGGCAUACGUGUGGAGUACAUUGCCAAAGCUGUCGUUGCUAGUAGCACAUACUCCAAUCUUUACUACAGCAGCGAGAUUAUUGAAAAAGUUGUGGAUGAUCUUGUUGAACAGAGCGUAAUAUACCCAACAGGCCACAGCGAAUAUAAAGUCUUCUUGUAG